AAAUAAAUGAAAGUCUGUUAUGUUCUUUAAAGUUUGCACUUUGACCUCAGAAGACCUACUCAUAACUAACAUCAACUUCAUACCUUCCUGUUUGGACGCAUUUCUGAUUCACAUUUCACAUAGACAGGGUGUGUGUAUGACAAGAAUACAGGCGUCUUCUGGGUGAAAGAUCUGUGACUUAUCUGUCUCCUGCCGUGGGAGGUAAGACAAAAUAUGAUUUACAGUAGGAGUUAACGGUAGAAAAAACUGGUGUCAGGCUUCCUUAACAGGAACUGAGGGUGAUGAAAUAUUUUCACCAAAAUCAUCAGAACCAUCAUGAGUUUGAGUGAAAGGAGAAGCUGCGAGUGUCACACUGAAGUGUACGUGGUGUGAGUCAUUCGGACCAAACCCAUAGGCCUCCGCCGUAUUUAAGUCUCCCUCUGGUCAGCGUAUCACAUCUUUCGUUGUCCGCACUCCAGCUCUUCUGUGAUGGGCUCAUGGCAAAGACUUUCUAACCUCUGAAGCCUAACAGACGUUAGUUUCCAGCCAUGGGUGACUGGUCUUACCUGUCCACGCUGCUAGACAAGGUCCAGUCUCACUCCACUGUGGUGGGGAAGAUCUGGAUGAGUGUCCUCUUCCUGUUCAGGAUCUUCGUCCUGGGUACCGCUGCAGACAAAGUCUGGGGAGAUGAAGUGACGGAGUUCUACUGCGAAACGUUCCAACCGGGUUGCCAACAUGCCUGCUACAACUGGAUGUUCCCAAUCUCCUAUGUUCAUUAUUGGGUCCUGCAGAUCACCUUUGUGUCAACACCCACGCUGGUCUACCUGGGCCACGCUGUCCACAUCAUCCACAAAGAGAAGAGGAUGAUGGAGGCACAGCGGUACAGCGCCAACGGAAGUGCACUGAAACCCAGGUACACGGAUGAGAGAGGGAAGGUGAAGAUAAAAGGCAUCCUCUUUUGCACUUACAUGAUCCAGCUGGUAUCCAAGAUCCUCCUGGAGGUCGGUUUCACUGUGGGCCAGUUCUACAUCUUUGGCCCUGUCGUCCUGGUCUCACUCUUCAAAUGCACUACGGAACCUUGUGCCGUUGGAACCGGUGCCCAGUGUUACAUUUCUCGUCCCACAGAGAAGACGAUCUUCAUCAUCUUCAUGCUUGUGGUCUCGGGCAUCUCGGUGCUCCUCAACAUCAUCGAGAUAAUCUACCUGCUCUGUAACAAGAGGAGAGAGGCCAGGAAAAAGCAUCUGGCUCAGGAGCAUGUGCCCAGUUUACAGCAGUACCACACAGCUUGGGGAGGCCUCUCACUGUCGCCUCUGCCCGGUCAGGGUCUGACGGAUCUCUGCAACGGCGACAAACACAUCGACUCCACCGGUAAAGAAAAGCACACCUGAAGCAUUAUUAUAUAUAUUAAUUAUACACGUCUGUUUUAGGUGUUUGCUCUCCUUUUUCUUUUUGCUUAACUUACAUUUAAACAUUUACUGUUUCAUUCAUGCGGUCAAUAGCUGGACUGUGUGACAGGUUCUUGAUUCAAAGAAUAAAUUUGCUGUGCCUCAGGAUAAUAAUGUUGAUAGUUUCCAGUUUGCUGUGUUUUGUUU